AUGACCACAGAGUCAUCAUCAGGGGCCCCAGGGGGCCCCCAGGGGCCCCUGGAGGGCCUCCUGGGGGGACCCCAGGGGCACUUGAAAGGGGGCCCCCCACCCCCAGGGUCUUCCGAGGGGGCCCCCGGGGGGCCCCCCGAGGGGCCUCCCGCAGCAGAAGCUGCAACUCAGGGGGCCCCACAGGGGCCCCCUGAAGAACCCUUUCGGGGGCCCCCCGAAGAAGCCUCUUCAGAAGGGGUCCCCCACCAAGGAACCCCAACACAGGGGGGCCCCCCACAGGGGGCCCCCGGGGGGCCCCCCUCGCCCUCGGGACCCCCUGAGGGGCCCCCCGAGGGGCCCCCAAGUGUUGAAGAUGAAAUGGAGCAUUCAGCAGAACAAGAAAGACGCAUGCGUUCUUUAUUUGCUGCUGAUGCUGCUGCUCUUGCUGCUGAUCCUGCAGCAGCAGCAGCAGCAGCAGCAGCCGCGGCGGAAGUCGUGGCUGCGGGGGCGUCAGAGGAAGCCGCCCGCGCAGCAGCAGCAGCAGCAGCAGCAGCAACAGCAGCAGCAGCAGGACACGUGUGCGAAUUCCGUUUAUUUCGAAUUAAUAAAGAAAUAUAUUAUGUUUCUAAUUUGGAAGAAAGACUUCCUCUUUUGGGAGCAAAAACAAUUAAUCAACUUUGCAAAACAAUUGUCGUCGAGAACACAAAGCAUACAGGGCCCGAGGACCGGCUGAACAGCCGCUUCUAUUUGGUGGUUUUGCAGUCCAAAGACAAACUUAAUGGCGAAAGGGUUAAGGACCUCAUAAAAGCGGAAAACGCUAAAGUGGGCCGUCAGCUGGGGAACAAGCGUUUGAACUUCAACUUUUGUUCUUCUUUCGAGGGUUUGACGGGUUUCAAAAGAAACGGGGUGGGCCCCCUUGGCAGCAAAAAAGAAAUUCCUGUCAUUUUGUCUAAACCCUUAUUAUCUCUUUUUCCCCUUUCUCUCUUUUUGGGGGGGGGGGCCCCCGACCUUAAACUCCAAAUAGGACUUUUGGACCUCAUUCGAAUCACAAACCCUAUCAUUGGGGUGGUCUGCUGA